CGAUGACACCGAUGUUUCUCCACCUCCAAAGCCGAAAGUCAAGUUCGGUUUUUUUUUAUUCAAUUUUUUAAUUCGGCCCGCAAAACAACAAGUUUGUUUUGCUGCUGUUUGUUCAUUUCGCUCGUUUCGGUUAUUAUUUUACCAAGAAUCCUAUUUCAACGCAUCGGUUAACGUGUUUUAUUAUUUUUUGUUUUUUUUUCCUGUUCAACUAGUUCUUUUUGUUGUUGCUGCUGCGUGCGUAGAAUUUGUGAAAAGAGAAAGUUCUUCUUUCUCCGCCUCUCUUUCCGCCGCACUUACAGUCGUGGCCAAGAAGUUGCGCCUGCGCAGCGACAAUUUCACAAGAAAUUGAGGUCGAUCGAGUGUGGUAAUCCUUUUAGAACACCAUGGGCAUCAAGCAAACGGUAUCGCCGGUCGCCGGAAAGUCCAAGAGCCACGACUCGCCCAGCGGAUCACCCUCGAAGUCGCAGAAACCCAAGUCCAAUGGUGAUCCCACCCAAACCCAGGUUACCAGGGGCAAGGACAAGGAGGCCAAUGCUCUGCCGCCCCAGAAAUCGGUUGUAAUCGCCUAUCUGUGCUGGCUCUUCGGCGGGAUCUUCGGGCUGCACCACCUGUACCUGCACCGGGAUCGCCAUGCCUUCGUCUGGUGGUGCACCCUGGGCGGCUACAUGGGCAUCGGCUGGAUGGGCGAGCUCUUCCUGAUCCCCGAGUAUGUGCGGGAUGCCAACGAGGAUCCGCGCUUCGUCCGGGAAUUCGUGGCCAGGCUGCAGGCUCAUCCGAAGCCCACGUACUCCUCCAAGCGAUUUGUGGGCCAGGUGAUGAUCGGCCACCUGUUCGGCCAGGUGUGCUCGAUGGCCAUUCCGGAGACGCUGGUCGCCGGCUGGGAUCUGAGCUUCCUGCACUGGGCCAUUCCGCUCUUUGUCUCCUUGGGCGUCUGGCUGGUGGGCAAUAUUGGGCGGGAGCAGGGCGUCUGGUGGCACUGCCUGCUGGCCGCCUAUCUGGUGUAUCCGGCGAGGUAUCUUAUAUACGAUGAGACCUACUCCCUGCUCCUCACCGGCCUGGUGGCGGCCCUCACCUUCGACGGCGUCUCCAAGCAGUGGCGCAGGACACCUCCUCGUCGCGGAUCCUCAGGCGAACGAUGCUUCAAGCUCACCACCGCCGUCAUCAUUUACUGCGCCUUCUGGGCCAGCUUCCUGUACUUUAACGGCACCAUUUCGGAUGAGGACGGCGGCGAGGUGCCCAUCCACGAGGCCAUCCACAACUUCCUGGCCUCCGCCUGGUGGACGGACCUCAAGCAGGCGCUGCAGGACACCUACAACUAUGCCCAGCACCAUGGAUGGUACGAAACCUGGAAGGAGGUCUUCGAGAGCAUGGACGUCGAUGGCGAGCGGAACUCUUACAAGGUUCUGGGCGUCAGUGCCACCGCAUCGCAGGCGGAAAUCACGGCGGCGUACAGGAGGCUCUCGAAGGAACACCAUCCCGACAAGGUCAAGGACGAGGGCUUGCGGCCGCAGGCCCACCAGCGCUUCAUCGAGAUCCAGCAGGCGUACAGUGUGCUCAGCAAGAUCAAGUCCAACCGGCGGCGCAAGAACAAGCAGUACCAGGAGGACGAGGCCAUCGUCCUUUGAGGGCAGCCGCCUCUCUCUCUAGUCUAAGAAGCCCACGACUCGUAGCAUAAAUCAAAAAGAUCACAGUUCUUCUAGUAAAUGGAAUCAUCUUUGAUAACACUACCCAAUAAGCUAUAAUCUUGAAUCCCAAAUAACCAAUUAUGUUCAUAUUUAUUUCUUUUUAUGUAAAUGUAUCAUUAAACGUAGAUCAACAUUGUUUAAAAA